AUGGGACAUCCGACCGAGAAAGCUACCAACAUUAGCGCGGAAGAUUUUUCCAGUUCAGAUCCAAUAACACCAUCCGGACCACACCAUCAACAAUCCGCAUCGGAGCCUGGUCGAGUAUCAACAUCAACCGCUUCUGCUCAAACGCCCUCUCAUCCACAUAAUCACCAAAAGGGAAUCCUGAAUAGGCUGCCGGAUUAUUUCCGCGAUACGGUCGGCUGGUUCAUCGGGUACGCUCUCUUUUCAUUUUCUUUUGUGUCUUGGGAGGGAAAUCAGGGAGAGCAGGUGGUUUGGCCAUGGGUUUCAAGGUAUCAUGAUCGCUGUACAAACACUCAUUAA